UCUAAUGGAGUACGAGAGGAUACACAAGCUUCAGGUUGGGAUAAUAUCUCCAAGUAAAUUGAGGAUGAAAUUGAUGGGUCAGAGGAAAAAAGAGGGAGGAUCUAAAAGCAAUUCAGCAAGAACAUCUCCUUCUAAACUUGAAGAUACAGAGUUUGUGAAGAACAGCUUGUUAGCUUCCAACUCUGGUGUUUCUGAUGAUGAAGUUUCCGGAAUGGGGGUUUCAUCGGUGACAUUGGAUAGCUUGCAAAUCAAUCAGAAUCUUGGACAACCGAAGGAUGUAACGAAGGAGAAUCGUGUGAGAACCCACCAAUUUCAAAAGAUGGAUUGUGGUAAUUCGAGUUCGGUUCAUCCAUUAAGAUCAUUAGAAGAUGAGAAUCUUGAUUAUGAUAGUAAUGCUAGUUCUUCUAGCUUCGAGUUUCAUAAAGGCGAGCGAUCGACCCAUAAUCCCAUUUCAAGAUCCUUGUUGAGACCCAUGUCUUCUAAAUGGAAUGAUGCUGAGAAAUGGAUAAUCAAUAGGCAGAGUAUGCAGAACCAUAAUCCAAAGAACACUAUGCAAAACCGGGCUAAUCGGGCAGGGAUGCUAAACGCGAUUAGAGGUUCUUCUGAGUCCAUUAGUUCGGUUAAGCGGGUCGAUUUUUGUCAGCCCGCAUUACAAACCGGGACCGAAAAGUUUUCAUUUACCACCUCUGGACCGCAACACCACCCUGUUUCGGCUGAGUCGAUCCAUCCAUGUCCUGAAAGUAACGAUUUGAAUGAAGUCGACACUAGGGAUUCGUUGGUUGAACAUAAUUCAACCGACGAUAAAACAGGUUGUCAUGAAGUAAGAUCGGUGUCAAUGAGAGAUAUGGGAACGGAAAUGACUCCGAUUCCAAGUCAAGAGCCUUCAAUGACGUCCACGCCUGUCGGGGCUACAACCCCGCUUCGAAGUCCGAAUUCUUCGAUCCCAUCCACUCCUCGAGGAGCACCAACAUCGACACCUUUCGAGUACACGGCCAACAAUGACACACGGAGUCCAAAAGAGUUGACGGAACAAGAAAUGAAGGUCAGAACACGUAAGGAGAUCUUACAGCUCGGAGUCCAACUCGGGAAGAUGAACAUUGCGGCCUGGGCAAGCAAAGAAGACACGGAAAAGAACGGGAUGGCUGUUGAAACCGCUACGGAGGAGGCCCUGAGGAUUGAAUUCGAGAAAAGGGCUGCAGCUUGGGAAGAUGCUGAAAAAACUAAACAUAACGCAAGAUUCAUACGUGAAGAGAUCAAAAUUCAAGCGUGGGAGAGUCAGCAGAAGGCGAAACUUGAAGCUGAAAUGCGAAGAAUAGAGGCUAAAGUUGAACAAAAGAGAGCCGAUGCUGAAGCAAGGAUGCUGAAAAAGUUUGCAUUGACAAGGCAAAGAUCGGAAGCGAAAAGGGCGGCAGCGGACGCGCAGAAGAGCAAACAGGCGGUUCGUGCAGCGGCACAGGCGGAGUACAUCCGGCAAACUGGCCGGAUUCCGCCAUCAUCCCCCAACAGCUGCUGUGGUUGGUCAUAGAGUCCAGUUUGGUUUAGUUUCUGCAAAUUAUGAUGAUCCAAGAAGAAAGGAAGGAAGGAGUUUGGGAUUUUGAAUUUGAGUUGUGGAGACCCAAGUGGGGGUGGGGUCAAUGGAGGGUAGAAUGGUCCCAUUAAAGUUUGAGGAUGGUCAAAAUGGGAAUGGGGAGCAUGUGAGGUUGUACUUUCAAGAAAAUCUCUUUUUUGACCGCCUACAUUGCCCCUUUGAC